CCAUUUGUCCCUCCCAAUCUCCUCUCUCAUCUUCAAACAAACCCUAAAGGUCACGCAUUUCGGCACUGCAAAGUUCGCUGAAUCAAAGUUUUCUCUCUAUCUCCGUUUUUGUUUUCCUCCGAGAAACUCUCUCUCACUCGAAUCUCGAAGCUUAAAUUUCGGAUCUUACUUACUUACUUACAGCUGUCUCCUCGGAUAGGAGACGACGACCAUGAGCAGAGAUCAUCCUCCCGAGCCUCUUGAUUUCUUCAUCUGGACUGUUGAGGACGUUGGAUCUUGGCUUGAGGAGAUCAACCUAGGGAGCUACCGCCUGAUUUUCAAAGAGAAUGGUGUCAACGGAGAGUAUCUCGAAAGCAUGUCUGUGUUCACAACGGAACAGAUCCUUCACUUCAUAAGGAGGCAUCACAUGAAAUGGGGUGACUUCAUCACCCUCUGCAAAGAACUCAGGAGGAUUAAAGUGGCUUGCUUGAAAGGUGAACAGAGAGUUCGACGGCCAUGGUGGGCACCUUCUUGCCUCUCAGUAGUCUUUGUUAAGGCGGCUAAGCGCAACCGACAAUCUCGUGUUGUAUCUCUAAAGCUUGAGUCUUGACAUUUACACUUUGGAUGUUUAUGUACCUACUUGUCUCUCUAUCUCUUCUCUUCUCUUUCUUUUUUUUUUUUCUCUGGUUUGGGGUUUGUCUGUGGAGAUCAAAAGCCGCAUAUGCAAUAGGAAGAAACAAACUCAAGCCAAAAAUGCUGUUUGGCUUUGGUAAAAUCUUGCAAGGUGGGGGGAAAAACAUUAUGUUCUUUUUUUGUUUUUGUUUUGUACUUCGGUGUAUACAAAGUUUGUUCCCAGAUGUUUAAUAUAUUAUGCGACAGAUAAAAAUAGUAUAGUAAUUUGAUUAUACAUA